AUGCCGCCAGUGUCGAAGCAGUCAAAAGUAAAUCCGCCAUCAUCUUUUCGUCGAUCAUGGGUCCGUUGGAGGAGAGCGCGGACUCGCCGCUCUCUCUGCCCGAGACCAACAAGGCUCUGGCCUUUGACAUGAGUGUGCGUCUGUGGCGCAUGGAGGUCGCUCUUGCUGCGCGGAAGCUGCUAUCGCUAGGUCAUGCCUACGAGGUCCACUACUCACUGCCUCGCAGGCCCUUCCCGAACCUGGAGUUGUCCACACACUUUGGCAUCUCGGUGUCAGCUCCCAUGAACGCUCACGUGUUCCAAGUGGAGAAGACUGAGGCGCCUCAAUAUCCAAUGGAGUUUGUGGAUAAAGUGGCUGGCAGAUGCGCUACUCCCAUUUAUACCAUCGAGCCUUAUGACUAUUUCGUUGGCAUGGACGUCCAGGAUUUCCUCCUUUGCCCCAGGAAGCUUAAACAGAUGCAUAAGGACGUAGCAGCUAUGGGUACAGAGGUCAGCAUCAAGCAGGAGAAGGACAGAUCUACCUCAAGGACGGUGGUGCUGCGCUUUAUUCGAAUGGGGAAUGCAGUACAGCCGGAUUCGAGACAGGGGCACACCCCAGGACGCAUGCUGCGUAUGUUAGACGAGAUAAUAACCCAUCACCAACAGCUAGUGAAGCGCUACGAUGCAAUGAUCCAGCAGGAUCGAUUGGCAGUGCAGCGACUGCACUCAGCUAAAAGGAUGUUGAUGUACGUCAAGAUUAUGACUGGCGACGCGCGAAAAACGUUAAUGGAGGACAAGACCUUCCAGUUUACCGACAAGUUUCUCAUGUGGUACGAUGCAAUCACAGCCGAAGAAGUGGAGGAUUCGGUGGAUAAAGAUGUCGUCAUGGCCGAUGAAAAGAGUCUGGAACAACCAGUGGAAAACAUGGCCGUGGAUAUGCUACCUGAACAACCAGAAAACGAGAGUUACAAUAGUGAUCCUCUUGCUCUGUCAAACACUACUUCAAUUCUGCGUCAGAAACGACCACAAUCAUCUACGUCGGGGGCUCUCGUGAAGAAAAGAGUAACGUUUGCUAUGGAUUCUGAUACGCCGCCGCAUAUUAGAGCUCCAAAACAAAACUCUACGCGUUCUGAAGCUACAACACCGACCCCGAGCCCUUCUCUCCAGCCUCAGCAGGGACAACAGAGUGAUGUUAGCGCUAUUGCCAAACCCAGGACCUUCGGUUGUGAUGAAGGCCGAUCGUAUCUUCUGGCAUUGGUCAGCCCUAACGUUGACAUUGUGUCAUCGAUUGAAGAGUUGGCUAGUGCUGUUCAAACUGUGUCAUUGGUGUCGAUGAGCAAGGACUUUACGUUGGCGGCAGGACUUAAGCUUCGACGCGAAUUGAAGAAGGCUGGAACUCAGUAUAUCGCGCGUGUCCGUUUAGGGCACUUAUCGUUCGAUUGCUCUGGUACAAUUGAUCGAGAUGCCACUUUCGGUGCACUAUCAAGGCUGAUAAGGGCAGUGAGGGAACAUCGAAGAUUGUACAGUGAGAUGCUGUCGUAUUUGAAGACUCGUUUUGGCUUCUGCAAAGAGAAUGACACCCGGAAGGUAAACGACGCGACCUUCAGCUAUCUUGUCACGAAAAAGAUUGUGCGGUUUCAUGAAAAGCCCAGUGGGGAUCCUAACAACGUCAGUUAUGAUGUAGUUGCACACAUCCAAGAGUUUCCUCUCAUUUGUAGGCGAGGCUCGUCUCUCCCGAGCACAAAAAGCGAAGUUGUCGACGCACUCAUGGUGUUUCUGAUGGAAUUGAUCGAUCAGUACGAGGAGAGCCAGACGCGGGACCGCGCAGAACAAUUUAAGAGUGAAUCUGAACCCACAAGUGAAAGUACUCAGCCUCACCAAGAUAACGUUUAUAAUCACGAUGAGGAGAAUAGGUACGAUGAAAUGGUUGACGUCCACGAAACUGGUUACGAUGGGAUGGCCGACGUACACGAAUACGCGGGGAGCUUUGAAAAUGGUGAUAACAGGGUCACAGAGUUACGAUCUAUGGGUAUUUUGAAAAAGCGGCGCUAUGCCCCACACGAUGAAGAGUGUUAUGAAGACGAGCGUGGUGCUCCUCGUCCCCGCUUAUCGUAUUCAGCCCCAGAACCGCAAGCACCUGCGUAUGUACCACCCGAUAGAAGUUACGCCGAGCGACAAGAUAAUGCUGAAGCAGCGGCGAGUCCACCAAGUUUGUUUAUGGAGGACCGAAGCGGUUCCGAUCCAACUCGUGAUGCACCUGCACGGUCUGAAGAUGUGGUCGCCAAGGCGAAGUCGGACGUGUAUCAAGAGCUGUUAAUGCUACUCUUUCGAGAUCGAGAAAAGGUUGUUGGAACCAUCAGAGCGAUUGUGUGGAAUCUGGGUGCUAAGACGGAGACAAUUAGGCUAUCGCCGAGUUUUACAAUCUGCCGGACCGCCACACAGCAAAAUGGUUUUGUUAGGUGCGUACUCACUGCAUCUGAAGGCGUGGUCGAGGCUUGUGGAGAAGGGCCGUCUAUAGAAGUCGCGAAGGAUAAGGCGACUUCGAUUCUGAUUACUACUCUGGAUGGGAUGAUCAAGACGUGGGAGGCACUACUUGCAACCUAUAAUGACCGACUGAAGCAAACUCCAACCACUUUGAUGGCUGGUAAUGAGACUCAAGCGAAGAAUCAUGACAAGGUGUCAGCGUCGGAAAAGCUGGUUCCCCCGCUUUCCAUGUAUUUUAUUAAGGUCCGCGACACGCUCGCCAUUUCCACGGCAUGUUUAAACGCAAAAGAUGCGAAGCGUUCUGCCAAUGAAAGGUGGCGUGACAUUCUGGAAUCUCUGAACAAGUUGAAGUCCGCUUCCUCAAAUGGAAGCUCCAAUACGGCGAGCACUGCAGCAGCAUCACAGUCUACGGCGAGGAGUGCAUCGGCAUCAACUCCACUCAAGAAGACUAAUCUCAUAUUGUGCAGUGACGAUGAGAUGGAUGAUGAUGAUGACUUCGAUAACUACUCGGAUGGUUACGAUGACGAUGACUGGGAACCUUCUGGAGUUAAAACGGCAGAAGAUGCUCGCGUCGUGUCACAACAGACUAUAGCUUUCGAAAAUGAGCUGAAAAAGGAAUAUGACGAACGUUGCGAGAGUAAUCUGUCCGAUGAUGCCAAGUUCCGCGCUGCAAUCCGUAGUCUGUUCACUCCUACAGACGACCUUUGCGCUGGAAUCAAUCGACUUCGGGCAUCGCUGAAGUAUCGUGGAGCCGAAAACAAAAGAAUUGUUCCCAAUGUUACAGCGAAUAUCAGGAUGGAGCGUCUUCGAGAAGGCACCUAUGAAGUUCAUGUCGAUGUCAAUGAUGUCAUUCAUUUCAAGGCGUCGGAGGUGUCCAAGUCUGAUGCUUGCAAUGCUGCUGUCGACGGUAUGCUAAACAAGCUGAACAGGAUUCGGUCGAUCUGGGCACAGCUUCUUCACUUCCUGGACGUGAAAUCUCUUGCAUAUGCCUCACCAAUCGACUCCUUUCGGGACCUUAAGUUGUCAGGCAUCGCCAGUGUAUGUAACUCGUGUCCAUGUGCUUCCUAUUACAGCUCCGAACUAAAAAUUUUGUAAAUUUAUUUUGUUCCAGAUCAUAACUACAGUGGAGGACCCGCCUCGCACGUCCUUUGCUCGAAACUCUCGCACAACUUCUUGCGCCCAUUGCGCUGUACGCGUUGAUGACCAUGUGCUUUGUCGGGCUACGUGGGAUACCGAGGCGGAUGCUCGUCGCUUGGCUGAGUGGAGGGCAGCUCAGUUUUUGUUUGAUUUGAUCGAUUGUGGUCUUGAUACGAAGCCAAACGACGGAGACGAUGAGAAGAUUGCGAUCGAUGGUGAGCUGCCAGUGACCAGGAACGCCGUCGCUUGGUCGUGCCUUUUUGAAAUUCAAGACGCGUCCGAUACUAAAGGCUUUCACGAGUUUCGUGUCGAUGCUUUCUGGUGCCAUACGCGCGACGGGAUGGCACCCGAACAGUUUCCGGAGAGCCGAAGCAUCGUGGCAAAGCAGGAUGGAACAGUGGGAAUGGAGAGAUUGGAGACUGAAGUUCGCAACCUCCACGAAUCGGCAAUGGCGUUUUUCUACUUGGAGUCCGUGUAUGAUCACUGGAAGUUUGUGCGACAACUCGUCCGCUAUUCGGACAAGCGGAAGCACAACUCUCGAGCACUCGCAUUGAAGAUUUCGCCUGAAUGCCCGUACAACAUGUAUGUGAUCCCACCUGGAGCCUCCAUCAAUAGCGAACACAACAAUUACUGGCCAGAGAAAGCUUUGCCUCGCGUUGGAAUUGAUCGUAAGAGUGUGGUUGGAUUCUUGACGAAGAAGAGAAUUGGCUAAAGUCGUGAGGAAACAGAAUUGCGGGUAGUUGAAUUUUUGUUUUAUGUUUGGCUUGAGACGUACAAUUAUGAUCGGUAACAACCUAGUUAGUGAUUGUCAUCGUCGUCGUCCUUGCCUCUGUCAUCGUCCAUUCUGUGGUGUUGUCGGAAUACUGCGCUGUGCGUUUCCGCGUGGAUCAUCUCGAGGUACUCAGCAUUGUGGAUCUCAAACCUACGCUGUCGAAUGAGGUGGCCGAAGUCCCCGAUGGUUCCUCCGUCAUUGAGGUCAUGAUCAAGAAUCAAGUCCAUGAGCACAUCGCACAUCCGACGGACUUCAAUAUUCGGCGCAUCAGCAGCGAGAAGCAAGUCCGGCACAAAGCCAACACCGAAGAGAAUCUCUUCAAACGUCUCAGGAUGCCGCAGCAUGCGAUAGAAUGCGUAAAGGAUCUGCAGUGUGAGCUCGUUGUCGUGCUGUUUCUCCUGGAAGAGAGAGUGGAGUGUGCGCACCAGUCGAGAUGAUGACAGCAAGGGAGCACACUUUGGCUCCAACGCGAGUGUGCAAAUAAACAACACGACUUCCAGGAUCAUGUCAUCUUGUGAAAAGCCCGGGACGAGGAGUUUGUUGAGAAGCGGGAUAAGUGAAUGUUCUGUUACCAAUCUGUCCCAGGAACUCUUUGUCGGAAGAUCACUUGGCGUCAUGUUCGCUAGCGUUGCCAGAACUUCAAUGGAAAAGUCGUGGUUGUCUGUGUUAAGACAGAGUUCGAUGAAUGGCACCACGAAGGGGGCCCACAUGCCUCGAUACUUGUACGCCUUAUCACUGACGAGAUCCUCUUGCAGCGUGUACGACCACAGUGAAAUGUUUCGAAUCACCUUCAUCAGGAGCGGAUCGCGGGUGCGAAAUACGCGAGAGGCAAGUGCUUCUAGACCACGGUUUUGGCACAUGAGCUCGGCAUUGCGUGCGUUAUGGCUGAGGUUCACGGCCAACGCAGCUAGCUCUUUCGCCACAAUAUUCUGUGGGAAAUUAAUCACCAGUUGCAUAACAAUUGGAAUUGCCUCUGUGUAGGUAAACAUUGACUUGCAUCGAUCGUCGAUGCUGAGGUGGUAGAGGAUUCGAAGGGAAAGCGCCCGAAAAGGAGGCUUCUUGAGUAGCUCCACGAGUUUCGGGAUGAGACUGUUUCUCACCAACACUUCGCGAAGAUUUGGAUCGAACGACAAGUUGAACAGCAACUUGAGUGCUGUUUGGAUGGUCUUGUCAUGGUUACAGUUGAGAUAUCGCACUAGCUUUUCCACCACGGUAAGCUCCACCAUUGCGUCCUUGUUCUCCUCAAAAAUACUCAGCUUCUUGAGAAAUGUGAUAGUCAGGAUUACCAGAUCAGGCGCUACACGAUCCAGCAUCUUCCCCGUUUAAAGCAAAGAAAACAUAGCAAAUAAGUGCUUGCAUCUAUAGGACAGAGGACGGACAAAGUACCUUCGUCAAGAAGACCACAAUCUUCCGCUUGACCAUCUUGCGCUCGGUGUGAAUGUCUUCCGCUAGGUUCAGGAGCACACUAAAGCAUACAUAGCUGCAUGACAAGGCAGUGCAAUUGUUAGUUAAAAGACCAACAAGAACAGUUAACUUGCUGUCAGACUCGC